CCACCAAACGUUGUUCAUGUUGUUCAUGAUGAAAAGCCAGAGUUUAAAUGGUUUAAAGAAAUAUUCGUAGAACUUCGAGAAAACUACAUAUUGUACACAUUGUUACGGUGGUCUAGCGUACCAUGCCAUGCCAUUAUGAUAAAAUUUAAUAAAACGUGCAUUCAAUUUUUUUACGUUGCUUGAAAUAAAGAAAAAGCCGGGUAAUUCAAAUCAGCUUAAAUAAAUAUUUGUGGGCAGAAAAAUAUAAAAAAAGUUCAACAAAAUAUGAAACUGUGAAGUCAUCAAUUGUUUUAAAUUGUUAAAGUUAACUUGAAUAUAAAAAUUAGCAAUCAAGGUCAUUGUGAAAGGAAUAAUCUGAAUGUGUUUAUACUGUUGACGUUUUCUUUCAUUUUUUUUUUUUUGAAAAUGUUAAAGCCAUGUGUAAGACUAAUAUUAAUAAGUCAGUUGUUGCUGCUUUCAACCCAAUACAAUCGUAAGCUAGACAAUUACACUUUAACAAUUUUACCCGAUUUGCCGCCUGAGCAUUUAAAGCGAUUCCUGAAUACGUUUCCAAAAAUCAGAACUGAGUGCGAGCAAAUCCAAGAGUGUCAGAAUAUAUUAAAGACAUUUAAUAAUAUCAGUCAAGUGCAGGGAAAUGAGAUAUCAUCUGCUGCUAAAGAAGGCCAAGAGAGCGGCGUAUGUUGGGGACAUGAAAUUAACUGCACAAGAGAACUGCGCUUCCAAACUCCUUCUUGCUCUGGCGAUCAUACGGGUUGGGUGCAAAGUAAAGAGGCCCAAAUCAAUACGUUUUAUUAUCAAGCCGAUUUUGGUUACAUACAACAGCAGAUUAAUGAAUUAUUAUUAAUGUGCGAACCAAAAUUUUUGACCGAUUCCUCUUUGGAAUGCAAUAAAUAUUUAAAAUUCUGUCGUGGUCGCAAUUUGUUGUUCGAUUUCCGUAAUUUAGCUGGGCGAGCAGAACGUAUACGCUAUCAUAUGGAUGUGUUAAAUGAGGGUGGAAUUAAAGGAUAUUGCAGAUUCAAUAGAAGCCUUUUGACUGAAGAAUUAAGUCACAUGGGUGCCUUGCAAUCGUGGUCGCCAGAAUUACGCAAUUUUGUGGAGGCCGACGAGUCCAUAAUUGAAAAUGAAACAAUUUGUGAUAUGGUUAUCACCACGCCCACAUUUUUAAUGAAAAUCGACGCCUCAUACAAUAUGUAUCACCAUUUUUGUGAUUUUUUUAAUCUAUUUGCCACAUUGUUUGUGAAUCAAACACAUCCUUCGGCCUUCGAUCUCAACACGCAAGUGAUCAUUUGGGAAACUUAUCCCUACGAUUCACCAUUCGCUGUUACAUUUAAAGCAUUCUCAAAGAAUCCUGUUUGGACCUUGAAUCAAGUAAAAGGGCAACGUAUUUGCUUCCGUAAUGUUGUGUUACCACUAUUACCGCGUAUGAUAUUUGGUUUAUAUUACAAUACGCCCUUGAUCCAUGGCUGUGAAAAGAGUGGUUUAUUUCGCGCUUUCUCAGAAUUUAUUUUGCAUCGUUUGCGCAUACCUUUCCAUCCACCCCGCCGGAAAAUAAGAAUCACAUUUCUAGCAAGGCGCACCAAAUAUCGCCGUGUUUUAAAUGAGGAUGAAUUAAUAGCGCAACUUGCGUCUGAUGAAGAGUACAUAGUGAAAAGAAUAUCUUUCGAAAGAGGUUUAAAUUUCUUGGAACAAUUGACAAUAACGCGUAACACAGACAUUCUAAUUGGUGUACAUGGAGCUGGCUUAACGCACCUCCUCUUUUUACCUGACUGGGCUGGUGUUUUUGAGCUGUACAAUUGUGACGAUCCGAACUGUUAUCGUGAUUUAGCUCGUUUACGUGGUGUUCAUUAUAUUACUUGGGAAAAACGGCACUUGGUUUAUCCUCAAGACGAAGGCCACCAUCCGGAAGGCGGAGCACAUGCUAAAUUCACAAAUUAUUCAUUCGAUGGCAAAGAAUUUGCCCGUUUAGUGUCUAAACUCGCUAACUAUGUACGUAAUCAUAAAAAGUAUAACGAAUAUAUUAAGAAUGCAUCACCACCACGAGAGCCUAAAGAUAAAGAAGAAUUGUGAUUGAAUAUUGAAGAAAUCGACAGUACUUAAUAAUUUUUAAUUAGCUAACGAAAAUGUAAAAUCUUGUGAUUUUUUAUGAACAUU